UAAAGGGACCUGUCUGCAUACCUGCUGGGUAUUGCUUGGAAUUCAAUUCUUUCGGUCUUCCAAUUCCUUGUCCCUGUCCUUUUCUGCCUUUGAAUAGCCCAGAGUAGGUGCCUCUUGUGCCACCGUUGCAGAACCUUCCCUCCCCAUGCCCCCCUCCCCACGCCCGCCCUCUCUCCCUGGACAGAUCUCGUCUCGUGCAUAGAAUUCUAUCCGCACUCUCUUCCUCAGAUUGGCGUUGAGCUCACUCGUUCUUCAGAAGGAAUCAGGGAAUCCAAAAUGCACGCGGUCCAGAAGUUCGCGCUCGGCUUGCUCGCCGCAGCAGCCGUGGCCACGGCGUCCGACGUCGUUCAGUUGAAGAAGGACACUUUCGACGACUUCGUCAAGUCCAACGACCUUGUUCUUGCUGAGUUCUUCGCACCCUGGUGCGGCCACUGCAAGGCCCUCGCCCCUGAGUACGAGGAGGCGGCGACAUCACUGAAGGAGAAGAACAUCAAGCUUGCCAAGGUAGACUGCACAGAAGAGACAGACCUCUGCCAACAACAUGGCGUGGAGGGCUACCCCACUCUCAAGGUCUUCCGCGGCCUGGACAAUGUGUCCCCCUACAAAGGCCAGCGCAAGGCUGCUGCCAUCACUUCCUACAUGAUCAAGCAGUCCCUGCCUGCCGUGUCGGACGUCACGAAGGAUACCCUGGAGGAGUUCAAGAAGGCAGACAAGGUUGUCCUCGUAGCAUACGUCGAUGCCUCUGACAAGGCAUCGACCGAGGUCUUCACCAAGGUAGCUGAGAAGCUCCGCGACCAAUACCCAUUCGGUGCGAGCACCGAUGCCGCCCUUGCCGAGGCCGAGGGCGUCAAGGCGCCUGCCGUCGUUCUUUACAAGGACUUUGACGAGGGCAAGGCUGUCUUCAGCGAGAAGUUCGGCGCCGAGGCGAUUGAGAAGUUCGCCAAGACGGCUGCCACCCCUCUCAUCGGCGAGGUUGGCCCUGAGACCUACUCUGACUACAUGGCCGCCGGUAUCCCUCUUGCCUACAUCUUCGCCGAGACCGCCGAGGAGCGCAAGGAGCUGAGCGACAAGCUCAAGCCCGUCGCCGAGGCUCACCGCGGCGUUAUCAACUUCGGCACCAUUGAUGCCAAGGCCUAUGGUGCCCACGCCGGCAACCUGAACCUCAAGACGGACAAGUUCCCCGCCUUUGCCAUCCAGGAAGUUGAGAAGAACCAGAAGUUCCCCUUUGACCAGGACAAGGAGAUCACCUACGAGGCCAUCAAGGCCUACGUUGAGGACUUCGUCGCCGGCAAGAUUGAGCCCAGCAUCAAGUCUGAGCCCAUCCCGGAGAAGCAGGAAGGCCCCGUCACCGUUGUCGUUGCCAAGAGCUACAACGACAUUGUCCUGGACGACACCAAGGAUGUCCUGAUUGAGUUCUACGCCCCGUGGUGCGGUCACUGCAAGGCCCUUGCUCCCAAGUACGAGGAGCUUGGUGCGCUGUAUGCCAAGAGCGAGUUCAAAGACAAGGUUGUCAUUGCCAAGGUUGACGCUACUGCCAACGACGUCCCCGAUGAGAUCCAGGGCUUUCCCACCAUCAAGCUGUACCCUGCCGGCGCCAAGGACAAGCCCGUCACGUACUCUGGCUCGCGCACUGUUGAGGACCUGGUCAAGUUCGUUGCCGAGAACGGCAAGUACAAGGCUUCCGUGUCCCAGGAGGCCGAGGAGUCGAGCAGCUCUAGCGAGUCUGCUACCGAGUCCGCUACCGCGUCCGCCUCAUCGACCACCACCGAGGCUGCCAAGGAGACUGACCAUGAUGAGCUCUAAGGGAGGGAAGGGCAUUUUUCUUGUAUCUUAGAUUGCUUUUGGGUUUUU